AAAAUGGGAAAAAUCUGCAACCCGACUUCAUAUUCACUUCACGUCCGGUCAGGUGUCCGAAUAAAAAAACUAUUCAUUAAUUCCAGAAUUAAUUUCUCAUUAAUCUCAUCUUAUUGUAAAUUAUACUACGAAAAUGGACACGUUUUCCUAUCCUGACAUGUACCCCAUGUUUAGGCAGGUUCGAGGAAAAAGUCUAUUUCCUCCCCAGCGAAAAAGAAACGGACAAAAUGAAAUCGUGUCCGGAGUCGUGACCCACCUGCAUAAAAAUCAAUUUGGGAUGGUUGGUGGCGAAAUAUUCUUCCACACGAGUGCUGUCGUCGGCCCUUCUCCAGUCAAUAUUGGUGACGACGUCGUCGUCGAAGUGGAACGUGUGGAGGCUGGAAUGCCGUUCAAUCUGAAUGCUGUCCAGGUCCAAAUAAUUGAUCGAAGCAUCAUUCCACUCGAACCGUGGCGUAUACGCCAUGGCACUCCACCCUGGGAGAUUCGACAACAACAAGGUCAACGUCAACGUCAACGUCAAGAUGGACGGGUACUCAGGUUAAAUGUCGAUCAGGACGAACCAGACUAUUUAAACGGACAGCGGUAUUACAGUUCAGCUAGAUCAGUUCAGGUGCCAUAUCUUGAUGACCCGAUAGAGGCAAUUGAAAAUUUCGGAUGGCAAUCAGCCUCUCCCUCGCCACAGCUGGGUCAGUUUUCUGACUACCCUACAUUUUUUUCUAAUCCACUGCACACUGGGUCACGGUUGGGGGCAAGUUCUACCAUGACAUCGGGACAAGCAAGGUCACUCGGUACUGGAGGUAAUCCUUCUUCUGGACAAAGGAGAUCAAUCAGUGCAAGAAUUGAUCGGAAUUCAGCUCGUCCAAUUAGUAACGCGGGGUCGGUUGACAUGCAAGGUCAUCAAGAAGACAAAAUGAGUAAGAAUCAAAAGCGCAAACGUAACAAACGGCGAAAUAAAAUGUUGAGGGCACUACAGGGAAAUAAUGCCUAGUUAAUUUGAUGACAGUUUAUAUUGGAUACUUGAAUACUUUAUUAACUUACAAAUCUAAUCGUUACAUAAAAAUUGAUAGUUAACAAUUAACUGUUAUUAUUAUUUAACUAAUUUAUACUUAAAAGUUAGCGUAACUAACUGUUAAGAUAUAUGACAUUAACAAUUAUUAUUUUAAUUUGUUCCUUGUUCACUUGGAUAAGUUUGUCUUGGUGAGAAAUAAAUUUGACCCUGAGUAUCUAAAC